CCCCCAUAUAUAUCACUCUCCUCCAAAAUCCACCACCUGAACACUCAAAAAUAUGGAUAGGCUAAUCAGCUUGGAGCCGUCGAAUGUGGUGACGGUCCGCAUAGAGCCCGGUAGCAAGUGCUCCGGCUCCAUCACCCUCCGCAACGUCAUGUACACCAUGCCCGUCGCCUUCCGCCUCCACCCCACCAACAAAUCCCGCUACACCGUCUCCCCUCAGUCCGGGAUCAUCCUCCCCCUCACCACCCUCACCCUCGACAUCACCUACCUCCCUCCCCCCUCCCUCCCCCACCGCUUCCCCCACUGCGACGACACCUUCGUCCUCCAAAGUGUCGUCGCCCCUGGGGCCGGCGUUAAGAACCCCUCCUCCACAUACGACGCCGUUCCCAACGACUGGUUUACUAAUAAGAAGAAGCAGGUGUAUUCCGAUAGCGGGAUUCGCAUCAUGUUUGUGGGGUCCACUGUGCUGACUCACCUCGUUGCUAAGGGUUGUAUGGAUGAGAUCAGAGAGGUGCUUGAGAAGAGCGAUCCGACGUGGAAGUCUGCGGACGCCGUUGAUGGCGAGGGGCAGCCCCUGCUGCACCUCGCCAUCGCGCAGUGCCGCGCUGACUUGGUGCAGCUUCUGCUGGAGUUCGACCCUGACGUGGAGGCGCGGGGCCGGUCAGGGUCGAGUCCGCUGGAAGCUGCCGCGGCAGCAGGGGAGGCUCUCAUUGUGGAGCUUCUACUCGCGCGUGGGGCGAAUACGGAGAGAUCUGAGUUGUCGAAUUGGGGGCCGAUCCAUCUCGCGGCAGCGAAUGGCCACGCGGAUGUGAUGCGGCAUCUCCUUCUCAAGGGGGCGGAUCCGAAUUCGGUGACCAAGGACGGGCGCGUGGCGCUCCAUUUGGCGGUGGAGGAGAGGCGGAGGGACUGCGUCCGCCUGCUGCUGGCGAGCGCGUCCGUCCGCCCUGACGCGCGCAGCGCCCGCGACGGGGAGACCCCGCUGCACGUGGCAGCAGGGCUGGGGGACGAGCAGAUGGUGAAGCUGCUGCUCCACAAGGGGGCGAACAAGGACGUCCGGAGCAGGGCGGGGAAGACGGCGUACGACCUGGCGGCGGAGGGCGGGCACGCCAGGCUGUACGACGCGCUGCGGCUGGGGGACAGCCUGUGCGCGGCGGCGAGGAAGGGCGACGCGCGGAUGGUGGCGCGUCUGAUCGAGAACGGGGCGGCGGUGAACGGGCGGGACCAGAACGGGUGGACGGCGCUGCACCGGGCGGCGUUCAAGGGGCGGGUGGACGUGGCGAGGGCGGUGGUGGAGAAGGGCGUUGAUGUGGACGCCAAGGACGGGGAAGGGUACACCGCGCUCCACUGCGCGGUGGAGUCGGGGCACGUGGAGGUGAUCGAGAUGCUGGUGAAGAAAGGGGCGGACGUCGAGGCCAAGACGGGCAAGGGCGUCACGGCGCUGCAGAUUGCGCAGUCGCUCAAUUACUCCGGGAUUGUGAGGCUGCUGGCGCGUGGGGCGCCGUCGGAUCGGAGUGUGGAUGCGUUUGCCAAGGUUAGAGAGAUGGACGUAGGAGCCGCGAAGAAGAAGGCCGCGGGUGCUUAUGGCGGGAGAGUGAGGCGGAGUAGCUUCGAUCGCGCUGCUCCGGUGGCGGUGGUGUAGGACAUGGAUGGAAUUCUUUUUGCCUCAUUCUAUACGGAGAGAGAUGUUGAGAGUUCAAGGUUGAUUGUAACAUUGUAUUGAUUCGAGUUGUAAAGUUUGGAUAUGUGAGUAGACUUGUGAUUCUAGGCAUAUUGUAUAAUUACUAUACCUCUUUGCAAUUGGUGCAAUGAUAUAGAAAAAAUGGAGAUCAU